UGCUGGUUGGUGUGAAAACAAUUUUGUUUGCCAACCAAAUGUGAAAAAGGCCGCUUUCUAAAUCAAAUCAGCCAUGUCAAUGCUCACAGUAUUCUACUACACUCCGUUGAAGGCAGGAGACAUGACUGAGCUCAUUCAAGCGGCCAGAACGGGCGACCUAGACGAAGCCAUUCGGUUGGUUUCCAAGGGGGCAGAUGUGAACGAAAUUGGACCGCAAUACAACUUGACCCCACUUCACCUGGCUUGCCUCCACGGACAUUUGGAGGUUGCUCAAUUCCUCUUGGAUAAUGGAGCCAACCCCGAUGCUCAAGACAACUGGCAAUGCACGCCUCUCCACAAUGCAGCGGGGGCGGGACACGAGGAGAUCGUGAAGGAAUUGUGCGAGGUGGGAGCCGACUUGCAUGUGCGAUGCACCAACAAGGGAAAGACCCCGGUGGAUAUUGCGCGGGACAAGGGCAAGUUCAAUGUCGUGCCCAUGCUUCAAGAUUACAUAAGUGUCCGCAGUCGGGAGGGGAAACAAGCCCAACUAGACCGAGUCGCCAAUGCUCAAAUGGUUGGAGCGGGCAGUGGAUCCAAGCCGGUAGUCCGAUGGAAGGACAAGGAGGCCGUAGGCGAACCCUCCUAUUCCACAAAUGGCCGCAGCACCAACGGCAACAAUCAUUUCGAGUUGCCUGGUCAAAUUUACAGCCGAUCGAACAGCCGGGAGGGAAGCGCCAAAUACAGCGAAGAAAAAAGCAAGCUUCAAAAAGAGAUCCGACGUUUGGAGCUUCAAGAGCGAAUACACCGAUUGGAGAAGGAAAAGUCCAAGACUUGGUCCGAUUUUGAGCAAAAACGAGGAAAAUACGACCAGGAGUUGGAAAAUCUGGCUAAGGCCAUUCAGAAACUUAAGGCAGACAUGGACUCGGUGGCAGAUCAGCGAGAAAAUGAGCUCGGAAAAAUGGAGAUUCGUAUCAACGAACUUGACGAGAACGCUUACAAAAUGGUUCAAGAAUGGAACUCUGAUGACGAAAAUUGAUGCGGCAAAUUGCAGUUGCAAUUUUUGGUCGGUUAUCCACUUCACCGCUCACUACUUGCCCACAGUGGUUGUAAUUUCUGAUUAAGUGUACUUAUGUUCAAAUGCCGAAUAAACUAUAAACUAUCGA